AAUAAGGCCGACAGCGUUCGGUUAUGCAAUGAUGCAGGUGGAGAUAAUAGGUCGAGGAUGUGUCGAAGCCAAAGAUGAAACGGCAAAUGCGUGGUCGAGGGAAGAGGUUCGAGUACGAAGUACCUUGAUGGUUCUUCGAAUCUGUUAUGCGCCAGGCUUGGGUGGGGAUGGCAGAUGGACAGCCAAGCGACGAUGAGACUGGGU